AUGAUUGGCUCUCCUGGCCCUGGUGGGCGUGCCUUAGUGCCAUGGCCGAGGGUGUGGCAGUGGGUCCUGGCUGCUUCUCUGGUUGCCAUAAUAACCUUGACGCUGCCAGGAAGUAGCCAGGCCUGCCCGCCACGGUGCGAGUGCUCGGCUCAGCUGAGGUCAGUGUCGUGUCAGCGGCGGCGGCUCACCAACAUCCCAGAGGGCAUCCCCACAGAGACACAACUUCUGGACCUCAGCAAGAACCGGCUCCGUUGGGUGCAGUCAGGUGACCUGGCGCCUUACCCGCGGCUGGAGGAAGUGGACCUCAGUGAGAAUCUCAUCGCCACUUUAGAGCCCAAUGCCUUCGCCACCCUCCAGAGUCUUAAAGUGCUGAAGUUAAGAGGAAACCAGCUGAAGUUAGUGCCCAUGGGGGCUUUUGCUAAGCUGGGAAAUCUGACCAGCCUCGACCUGAGCGAGAACAAGAUGGUGAUUUUACUCGACUACACCUUUCAGGACCUGAGGAGUCUGAAACAUUUGGAGGUGGGAGACAACGACCUGGUUUAUAUCUCCCACAAGGCAUUCUCAGGGCUGCUGGGGCUGGAGGAUCUCACAAUAGAGCGCUGCAACCUGACAUCCAUCUCCGGCCAGACACUGUCGUACCUCCGCAGCCUGGUCACCCUUCGCCUCCGUCACCUUAGCAUCAUUGCCCUGGAGGACCAGAACUUCCGCAAGCUCUCCAACCUUCGGGGCCUUGACAUCGAUCACUGGCCGUACCUGGAGUACAUCUCCCCUCUUAGUUUCCAGGGCCUGGACCUCCACUGGCUCUCCAUCACCAACACCAACAUCACCUCCGUCCCCUCUGCCUCCUUCAAGAACCUGGUGCACCUCACCCACCUCAACCUGUCCUACAACCCCAUCACCACACUAGAGCCCUGGGCCUUCAAGGACCUGCUCAGGCUGAAGGAGCUCAUCAUGGUAAGCACAGGGUUGAUGACAGUGGAGCUCCAUGCCCUUGGAGGCCUUCGACAGAUCCGGGUCCUCAACUUUUCCUCCAACGACCUGCAAACUCUGGAAGAGGGCUCCUUCCACUCUGUCAACAGUCUGGAGACCCUCAGAGUGGAUGGGAACCCCCUGAUGUGUGACUGCCGUCUGUUGUGGAUCCUGCAAAGACGCAAGACCCUCAACUUUGACGGCAGAGUGCCGGUGUGUGCGGGGCCGGUGGAGGUGCAAGGGGUCAGUCUCAGCACCUUCACCGAUUCUGCACUCUUCGACCACUUUACAUGCCAGAAACCUAAGAUACGCAACCGUAAGCUGCAGCAGGUAAUCGCUCGUGAGGGCCAACCGGUGAGUUUUUUGUGUCGAGCUGAAGGAGAACCUGCGCCUGCUAUUGUCUGGAUUUCCCCACAGCGCAGACGGAUCACAGCCAAGAGUUCAGGGCGUAUUACGGUUCUCCCCAGUGGCACACUGGAGAUCCGCUAUGCCCAGCUUACUGACAGCGGAACAUACAUCUGCAUCGCCAGUAAUGCCGGAGGCAAUGACACCUACUUCGCCACACUCACAGUGCGUGGCCAGCCGCUAGAUGCCGCCUCAGCCUUCUUUCUCAACCGCUCACUGUACAGUGGCGAGUUCUUCAACGACACAAAUCUGAACAGCACACGCGUUUUCCUCAAGUUCACCUUGGACCUGACCACCAUCUUGGUCUCCACAGCAAUGGGUUGCAUCACCUUCCUGGGGGUGGUCCUCUUCUGUUUCCUGCUGUUGUUCGUGUGGAGCCGGGGACGUGGCCAACGCAAGAACAACUUCACAGUGGAGUACUCCUUCCGGAAAUCCGAACCCGCCACCGGCGGCUCCUCGGGAGGGACCAGGAAGUUCAACAUGAAGAUGAUAUGAAACAACGCAGCCAGGGGUCCCUCGGGGGAGGCAUGAGCACGUCCCAAAAACGUGUUUGACACACGCAAACACACACAGCCACUGACUCGCAAAGAAGCGUGAAAGCACAAUAUAAGUUCCCGUCUAUGGCUCCAUUCAAAAUUGAGCACCCACAUCAAAAUGGGAGCCAUGACUCGAUUUGGUUUGUGAAUGAAAUCAAAACGACCCUGAUCUCU